AUGAAAAACCUUGCCAUCCAAAUCAUAGACCUUAUGGCAAAUGCGCUAACACUGGACACAAAGGAAAUUAGAGAGUUAUUUGGUGAAGGGGCUCAAUCAAUAAGGAUGAAUUAUUAUCCACCAUGUCCCCAACCAGAGCUUGUGAUGGGACUCAAUCCUCAUUCUGAUGGUGGUGGCCAUAGUAUCCUUUUGCAAGCCAAAGAAGUAGAAGGUCUUCAAAUAAGAAAAGGUGGACUAUGGAUUCCUAUUGAACCCCUCCCAAAUGUUUUGAUCAUUAAUAUUGGAGAUACGUUGGAGGUGGAAAAUGUGAAGACAGGUGCUCAAGAAUUCUUUAAUCUUCCAAAGGAAGAGAAGAACAAGUUUGGGAAAAAAGAGGGAGAUGUAGAGGGAUAUGGUCAGGUCUUUUGUCACGAACAGAAAUUAGAGUCGGCAGAUAUGUUUUUCAUUCUCACUCUGCCACCACACAUAAGGAAACCCCACUUAUUCCGCAGCACAACAUCCCCUUACCGUUCAGGCCUCGGCUCAAAAGGGCUUAAUCUAAGAAUAAACCUUCAGGGUGGCUAUUUGGCUAUCUAG